AUGGUAUGGCACGGCACCGCACCGCCCCGUCCCGCGUUGUCGCCGCGGUCCGAGCCGUGCUGGGCCCUCUCGCCGCGGGCAGAGAGCGGCCGGCGGCGGGGAACUGCUCGGUGCCCCGACGGCCGCCCCGGCCCCGGGGAGGGGAGCACCAGCCGGAGGCGGCCCGGACCUCGCAUCCCUAAGGGCCCCGUGUCACUCCGGGGCUCCGCGGGGCCGCAGCCCGCCGCCCGACCCCUCCAGGCUGCCAGGCACGAAGGGGCAGCCGCUGCCUCGCUGCCCGUAAGGCGCUUGGUCUCCCGGCUCCGCUCCCCGAACACCACCGCCGCUGCGGGCCGCAACCCCCGUCCACGCGAGGAGGGGGCACGAGUGGAGGGGGGCACUGCCUCGACCCCUCACCCGCGGAGGAGAAGGAGCGCAGCCCCUCGCUCCCGCCGUGAGAGACGGGCUGGGCAGUUACUGCCAGCCACUUUUCCCCCGCCUUCAACGACGCGCGUCCAUGUGCGUGGCGUGUGCGCGCCCGUGUAUCGCCGUGGGCCCGGCGCAGGGCAGCCUCGGCCGGCCGGUGCCAGCGGCCGUUCCGGGGUAUCCGCAGCCGCCACCGCGGAGGCCGGGGGCCGGUCGCACCGGGGCAGGGGCGGCCUGGGCGCGCCGCCCUCCCCCCCCCCCCCCGCCCGCCCCGACCUGACCCGAGGCGGCCGGCGGCUCCCGCAAGCGCCUCCCGCUUCCCCGCUCCGCGCCCGGCCCCGUGGAGCUCGCGGGGAAGCCCGGAGCCCCGAAGCCGAGCCCCGCUCCCCCCCGGACAGGCUCCUGGGCCGGGCUCGGGUGGACGGGCGAGGAAAGCGGUUUCCCUCCUUCUCCCCCUCCUACAGAGCGGACGGGUUUGUGCGGGGGCGGAUCUCGCACCGACCGGCCCCGGCCGCCUGGGCAGGGCAGAGACCCGAGAGCCGCUGCCCGGCGGCGCGGGGCUGA